AUGCGCCGCACACCGAAUCGUGAUGCGUCGCCGCCGGGAGAGCAUCUGCCGCUUGUGCAUGGCAGCAGCGCCAAGCCUGCCGUGGCGCGAGAGUCGCUCUGGUACCACUCGUCGUUCCUCAUCAUGGCCGAGGCGAUGGGAAUGGGCGUGCUCGGCAUCCCGCACGCCACCGCCCAGAUCGGGUGGGGUCUCACUGCGUGCGUCGCUUUUGGACUCGUCUCGACUUACUCGUCGCUGCUGCUCGGGCGGAAGGGAGCACUGUCUCACCCCUCCGAGUCGGACGGCGGCAGGCAGUCGAUCCUCCCCUUCUUCCUGCUCGCGUGCGCCGAGUCGGCGCGCACCUUCGCCCCGUGGGCGCUUCUCGACACGCCCACCUGGCCGCGCCUCGGAACCUUCUCGGAACCGUCGUGGACCCGGCUCGCACCAGCCUUCUCGGGCACUCCUCUAGGCUGCUCCUCGUGGCUCUGCUUCUGCUGCCUCCUCUCCAGCUGCGCACACUGCACCAGGCACAGCGUGUGGCUCCCCUCGGGCGCCGCCUCCCUCGACUCGUUCGGCGCGGUCUCCGCGUUCGUGUUCGCGUACCAGUGCCACUCGGUGCUCCUCGAGAUCAUGCGCGAGAUGCGCGAGCCGCGCUCUUUCCCCGCCGCGGCGCGUGCUGCGUACGGCGUCAUGGGCCUCGUCUACACGUGCACCUGCGUGCUCGCCUACGGGGCGUACGGCAGCGAGGUGGCCGGCUUCCUGCCCGAGUCGAUGCCACCGGGGCACGCCAAGCGCCUGGUCGGCCUCGCUGCUCUCUCCUCCGCUCCCGGGACACCGCCGAGCCUGAGUCGACCCGAUGCCGAGGUCAGCGGCGUGCUGCUCCUCAGCAUCGUCCUCGCGACAGCGGUCCCGUUCUUCUCCGACCUCCAGUCCCUGCUCGGAUCGCUCGCCGGCGCGCCGAUGAUGUUUGGCUUCCCCGCGCUCUUCUACCUCCGCGCCUGCCGCGCGCACGGCUUGGCGCUCUCCUGGUUCGACGCGGCGGCGUGCCACUUCCUGCUCUACCUGCUCACGCCGACCCUCGUCGUGCUUGGCACGCUCAGCUCGAUGCGCUCCAUCGCGCACAGCUGGGAGGUGGCGCUCGCCGCAGACGCCGCGGCGCAAGCCCAGCCGGCUUACUUGAGGUAG